GGGAAGAUAGUGGAAAUUUAAUCGAUUUAGGAGUUGAGAUGAGCUGCAAUGGAUGCAGAGUCUUACGGAGAGGUUGCAGCGAGAGGUGCGUGCUGAAGCCGUGUUUGGAAUGGAUAGAGAGUCCGCAGGCGCAAGGCAACGCCAUUCUGUUCGUCUCCAAGUUCUUCGGCCGCACCGAUCUCAUUUCGUUCGUCUCCGCCGUGGCGGAAGCCAAAAGACCUGCUCUGUUUCAAUCGCUGCUGUUUGAGGCUUGCGGUCGCACGGUGAAUCCGGUGAGCGGCGCGGUGGGGCUUUUAUCCACCGGAAACUGGCACAUCUGUCAGGCUGCGGUGAAUACGGUUCUCGACGGCGGCGCGCUGCGACCAGUACCGAUCUCCGGCGGAAUUGUUCAUCCUAACCACGAAGAUGAAGAAUCGGAGGCCUUCGCGUGGAGUGGACGCCAUAGCAGCAGCUCUUCCAGGAGCCAGCCGACGACCGCCGUGCGCGGCAGAGAAUCGCCGUAUUCGGCGGUGGUAGGGAAAACGGCGUCGUACGGAUCAGAAGUAACGGCGGAGUUCAGUAGAAAGGAGCCAAAGCUGCUCAACCUUUUCGCUUAA